UAACUAGGUCCUUGUUGUAUUAUCACUCGUGACUUUGGUUGCCGAGUGGAAGCAGUCACAACUAGACCCGUCCGUUACUGUCCUAGGAUUUCGUUCUUCUGUUUCGGAAAACAGCUCUUCCCUGGGCAAGGAAAACAGGACACAAACACGAAGCUUUGCCUUAUGUCCCGAAGUUAGGCCCGCCGUUUCGGAGCUCGCGAUUCGUCGGAAGUAUUGCCCGUGUCUCGAGCGCGCACUUCCGGGGCUUGUCUAGCCGCGUUCCUUCCCCUUGGUGUUGGUUGGGAGCGGCCUGGGCGAAGUAAUACUGUAGCAGCACCAUGGCCGGCAUCAAAGCUUUAAUCAGCUUGUCUUUUGGAGGAGCUGUUGGACUAAUGUUCCUGAUGCUUGGUUGUGCCCUUCCAGAUUACAGCAAAUAUUGGCCACUGUUUGUUUUGUUCUUCUACACCCUCUCUCCAAUCCCAUACUGCAUAGCAAGAAGACUUGUAGAAGAUACAGAUGCUACAAGUAAUGCUUGCAAGGAACUUGCCAUAUUUCUUACAACAGGCAUUGUUGUUUCAGCAUUUGGACUUCCAAUUGUAUUUGCCAGAGCAGAACUGAUUAAGUGGGGUGCCUGCGCACUUGUCCUCACAGGAAACACAGUCAUAUUUGCUACCAUCCUAGGGUUUUUCUUGGUUUUCGGCAGCAAUGAUGAUUUCAGCUGGCAACAGUGGUGAAAAGAGUUGGAGUGAGAACUAUCAACAUCUCAUGUCAUUCAGUGGCCAUCCAUACUCAAAAAAGAAUGGGCAAUAAAGUGAAUGUACUGUUUUCACAGAGGGGACCUGGGGUAGGACACUCGGUAGCCACUUAAAUCAAACAACAAACAACAUUAACAUUUUGCUUGAUUUAAAUACUUUUAACAAGUUGAUGCUGUUCUAUUUUAAUACUUUAUUUUGAUGUGAGAAUAGAAUGCUGAAAUGUGAUGUUUAAAAUGUAUCUUUUUUAAAAGAACAUGAUAGCAGUGUCUAAGUAUAAAGUCAAACUUCAUGAUUAUUUUAAAACUAAUGUAUGGUUAUGAAAUCAAGUAAGAAAG